AUGAUGCCCACAUGCAGGAAGAUCCAGACAAGAGUAGAUCAAGUCCCUGCUAUGCAGAAAAAUCGUCGAAACAACCAGAGCCUGAUCCUGCAUGAGGACAUGAGCUUGUGGCAAAAGGACCGCUGUUCCUAUAAAUAUGGAAUGUUCCUACUGGAAGAGGGUACAAAAGAGUUCUUACUGCAGCAGGACACAGGAGAGUUCCUGCCACAGGAGGAUACUGGAGAGUUCUUACUGCAGGAUGAUACAGGAGAGUUCUUACUGGAAGAAAAGAUCUAUGUUGUCUGGGAAGAAAAGAUCUAUGUUGUCUGGGAAGAAAAGAUCUAUGUUGUCAGAGAAGAAAAGAUCUAUGUUGUCAGAGAAGAAAAGAUUUAUGUUGUCAGGGAAGAAAUGAUCUAUGUUGUCCAGGAAGAAAUGAUCUAUGUUGUCCAGGAAGAAAUGAUCUAUGUUGUCAGAGAAGAAAUGAUCUAUGUUGUCAGAGAAGAAAUGAUCUAUGUUGUCCAGGAAGAAAAGAUCUAUAUUGUCAGAGAAGAAAAGAUCUAUGUUGUCAGAGAAGAAAAGAUCUAUGUUGUCAGGGAAGAAAUGAUCUAUGUUGUCUGGGAAGAAAAGAUCUAUGUUGUCUGGGAAGAAAAGAUCUUUGUUGUCUGGGAAGAAAAGAUCUAUGUUGUCAGAGAAGAAAAGAUCUUUGUUGUCUGGGAAGAAAAGAUCUAUGUUGUCAGAAAAGAAAAGAUCUAUGUUGUCCAGGAAGAAAAGAUCUAUGUUGUCAGGGAAGAAAUGUUGUCUGCGAAGAAAAGAUCUAUGUUGUCAGAGAAGAAAAGAUCUAUGUUGUCAGAGAAGAAAAGAUCUAUGUUGUCAGAGAAGAAAAGAUCUAUGUUGUCUGGGAAGAAAAGAUCGAUGUUGUCUGGGAAGAAAUGUUGUCUGGGAAGAAAAAAUCUAUGUUUUGUCAGGGAAGAAAAGAUCUAUGUUGUUUGGGAAGAAAAGAUCUAUGUUGUUAUUGAGGAAAAGAUCUUUGUUGUCAUUGAAGAAAAGAUCUAUGUUGUCAUUGAAGAAAAGAUCUAUGUUGUUUGGGAAGAAAAGAUCUAUGUUGUCAUUGAAGAAAAGAUCUUUGUUGUCUGGGAAGAAAAGAUCUAUGUUGUCCAGGAAGAAAAGAUCUAUGUUGUCAUUGAAGAAAAGAUCUAG